GCGCUUGGACUACUAAUCCCAGGGUACUCCGAGCGUUUGGGGUCAAAGGGGAAGUUAAACAUGGCGGCCGACGUGGAGCAUGAGGAAGCGGCUAAGGAAACCGUGAAAACCUUCAAGGAAUUGGGAGUGACAGAUGUGUUGUGUGAGACCUGUGAUCAGUUGGGAUGGAAGUCACCAACAAAGAUCCAAGUGGAGGCGAUUCCAGUUGCACUUCAAGGCCGAGAUGUCAUUGGCUUAGCAGAGACAGGAUCUGGAAAAACAGGGGCUUUUGCUUUGCCCAUCCUUCAAGCACUGCUGGAGACCCCGCAGCGCUUCUUUGCUUUGGUACUUACACCCACCCGGGAACUUGCCUUUCAGAUCUCGGAGCAGUUUGAGGCCCUUGGAUCUUCCAUUGGUGUCCAGAGCACUGUAAUCGUUGGAGGAAUUGACAUGAUGGCUCAGUCUCUGUCCCUAGCCAAGAAGCCGCACGUAAUAAUCGCUACCCCUGGUCGCCUUAUUGACCACCUUGAAAACACAAAAGGCUUCAAUUUGAGAGCUCUGAAGUACCUAGUUAUGGAUGAAGCAGACCGGAUCCUCAACAUGGACUUUGAGACUGAGGUAGAUAAGAUCCUGAAAGUGAUUCCCAGAGACAGGAAGACAUUUCUGUUUUCGGCUACAAUGACUAAAAAGGUGCAAAAACUCCAGCGUGCAGCGCUUAAGGACCCUGUUAAAUGUGCAGUUUCAACUAAGUACCAGACAGUUGAAAAACUGCAGCAAUAUUAUGUUUUCAUCCCUUCCAAGUUCAAGGACAGUUACCUAGUCUAUAUUCUGAAUGAACUUGCUGGGAAUUCUUUCAUGAUAUUCUGCAGUACUUGCAAUAACACUCAGAGGACUGCCCUCCUGCUUCGGAAUCUGGGCUUUACUGCCAUCCCCCUCCAUGGACAGAUGAGUCAGAAUAAACGAUUAGGAUCUCUGAACAAGUUCAAGGCCAAAACACGAUCCAUUCUGCUGGCUACGGAUGUUGCUAGCAGAGGUCUGGACAUCCCCCAUGUCGACGUAGUGAUAAACUUUGACAUUCCUACUCAUUCCAAGGAUUACAUUCAUCGUGUGGGGAGAACUGCUCGUGCCGGGCGCUCUGGCAAAUCAGUCACCUUUGUCACGCAGUAUGAUGUGGAGCUCUUCCAGCGCAUCGAACACCUGAUAGGCAAGAAGCUGCCUGCUUUCCCCACUCAAGAGGAUGAAGUUAUGAUGCUGACGGAGCGGGUGGCCGAAGCGCAAAGAUUUGCUCGGAUGGAAUUGCGGCAGCAAGAAGAAAAGAAGAAACGCUCUCGAGACGAGGCAAAUGACGAUGAUGACACCGAGGGAACAAUGGGUGUCAGGAACAAAGUGGCUGGUGGGAAAAAGAAGAAACGGAAAGCGUGACAUUUUUUCGUGCUUUUAGAGUCCUAGGAUUCUUGAGGCUCUGGUCUGGCACCAUUAUCAGACUGUCUCUCCAUCACUAGCCUAAUAAUAAGAACUCUUCUGCUUGAUUAGUAUCUUUG